AUGGCAAUGCGCACGCAACAACUCCGCAACUUCCCAUCACGGCUCUUUCAGACCGUCAGCCUGUCGAAACAAUGCAUUCGGUCUUUGCAUGGGAAAACACCAUUACCGGUACCUGCGCCAACCCCCUUUGUUCCCGACGUUCAAACAUUCUUCACCUUGAUCGGCCGAGAAAUGUCGAAGCACGCCAGCAAGAUCCCCUCAUGGGAGCAACUCUUCACCCUCAGUUCCAACGAACUUCGAGAACUGGGCAUUGAACCCGCCCGUCAGCGCAAAUAUUUACUUCGCAAGCGCGAAAAGUUCCGCAAUGGAUUGCAUGGGCCAGGAGGUGACUUGGAACAGGUCGUGGACGGAGUCGCCCAGUUGCGAGUCGUGGAAAUCCCAGAUGAGACUCAGUCGUCCGCCUCUGCUACAUUGACACCCGGCAUGAAAAAGACUAUCGUGAACAUGCUUCCCGGUGUUACGGAAUACAAGCACGACCCGUCCGCUCAGAUCAAGAAGUUUGCGCAUAUGAAAAUCUACCGAGGCUCUAAGAUCAUGGGCCCUUUCCUCCAGCCCCUCAAGGGAAGCAAUGGUACAGCAGCCACAAUUACAGUCUCCGCAGGUAUGUGGGAAGACAAGCGUGGGCAGAAGGUGGAUGGUGGUGAACGACGCCGGGUUGAGGUGCGGGCGAAGAAGCGACUCGAGGAAAGGAGACAAGCGUAA